AUGCAUCGAUUGAAAGCAAACAUCUCGCGCCGGUUGCAUCGUUCUCGACAUAAAGAGCCUGCUGCCGACAAUCAGUCCAUGUCACCGGACUGCAAGCUAAGUGACACCAUUGAACCCGCAAAGGAGCUCUCACAGAAGAGAAGUACGUCUGCAUCGGGUGAGGUGUUGAUCACAAAUAAGAAUCAGCAUGAAGAAGCUGUGCCUCGAAACCUUAGAGAGAAGAGAAGGUCGCUAUCAGUCAGCGACACCCGACGUGAAGUCAGCAGUGUCAUAGGUGAUGAUAAGACCCCCGAUUCCAGCUUGCCCGAUUAUUCGAAGGAGCUAAAUGGCGACAAGAAAGUACCUCGAAAUCUCUGGAAGGACUCGUUUGACAAGCUCUCUCAGAAAACACAAGGUCACCUUCGAGAAUUGGGCUACGAACCGAGAUUUGACACAAAGCAAGAAGGAGAUCUGGAUGUUCUGCUUAAGGACCUCCAGGAGAAGAGGGAAUUUCGCGAUAAGGAGGCCUGGAAGUUCAAGAAUGAUCAUCUUGUGCGAGACUACGCUGCCACAUGCGCGACGUGGGUGAAGCGGAUCGGGGACCUUGUCGUUCCGUUCGCACCCUCGCAAGCUGCAGGGCCCUGGGGGUUGAUCAAGGCGGCUUUGGAGAUCCCGGUAAACCUUGCUGCUAAGAUGACCGCCUUACUUGGUGCUGUAGAGCGAAUUCUGCAGGCCGCAUAUCGUGGCAGACUAUAUGAGUCCGCUUAUGCGACUGAAAACGCUAAGGAGAAAGAGCUCGCUGAUACUGCUCAGGCAUGCAGUGCAGCGCAAGGUCAAAAGGCAAUACAGCACCUACAGGACAUUCAAGGGCACCUACCCCGCAUAGAGGGCCAGGUUGUAGAAUGUCUGAAGGAGCUUAAGGACCGGGAGGCUAGGGAGAUACUAGAAUGGGUCUCAACGGUCAAAUAUAGGGCUCAUCAUAAUAGUGUGCGCAACAAUCGGACACUAGGCACGGGUGAAUGGCUCUUACAAAAAGAUGCAUUCCGAGACUGGGAAGAAAGCAAUUCUUCGGCAGUAUUAUGGUUGCGAGGGUCUCACGAAGGGUUUGCCUACUUCUACUGCAACCGGUUCGAGGACAUUCGAACACGGCCCCUUGCCGUGGCGCAGAGCUACGUGCGUCAGCUAGCCUCUUCCGCAAAGGAAACCAGUUCAAACCAGGCCUAUUCGAAGUACAUACAAUCUAUACUUGAAUCCACUUACGAGGACUUACGUAUGGAUUGUGCCGAUCUGGACUUGAAAUACUGCAGGGAAUUGAUGUCAAAAUACCUGAACAUUUACCCCCGAACUACAUUGGUGUUGGACGCUUUCGACGAAUGCGAUCCUGCUUCGCGUGGUGACCUCCUUGAGCUGUUUACAGACUUGCUUUGUAACAGUACAAGACCAAUCAAGCUGUUCAUUGCAAGCCGUCCUGAUGGAGAUGUUCAGCAGCAGGUUCGCUCGCAUCCAAACAUCGAGAUUCAGGCGACCGAUAACCAGCAGGACAUUCAGGCCUACAUCAACCAAGAGAUGCUAAAGCUGAUCAAAAGGGACAGUGCAUUCUGCGAUCUCCAGGAUAGAAUCAAGUCAACUUUGUCAGCGAAAAGUCAAGGAAUAAGCUUCUUGGAGGAGAUAGAGGAAAGUCAUCCCCACGACCGAGAUCUCGCGCUACGCGCUUUCAAGUGGGUCCUGGCCGCACGAGAACCGCUUGCACGGGAAGCUCUACUCGAAGCAAUCCGCAUCAAUCCUGACGGUAUGGAUACAAAGUUGUGUGCCUCAAUUAGCGACGAUGCAUUGCUGGCAUUAUGCCGCAAUCUUUUAGUCAUCGAUUCCGAGCGCGACGUAUGGAGAGUAUCGCAUUUAUCGGUCGUAGAGUAUUUCGAGCUCCGUAAAAGCUGGACUCCUGCCGUCACUAACCUGAUGGUGGGCAAAGCGUGCUUGCUGUUUAUGUUGAGCGAAGCUUGGAAUGAGACCACGCACAAGUUUCCCCUCUAUAAUCUGGAAAAGACGCCCGAAUAUUCCUGCUUUACACGAACAUUCAUAUACUAUGUCUCCUGUUUCUGGCCAGAACAUAUUGCGAUCUUAGACCCUACCGGCCUGUCGACAGAGAACUUGUCUCCUGUAGUUGAGCUUCUGGAGAGGUUUCUUGGUGCUCCGCAGGAUAGCAGCGCGCAAAACCGGAUUUGGGCCCGAUGGUAUGAUAACAGUGUAAUGCCUUCUGAAUACUCUAUCUUGGCCGUGUGCAUAUUUGGAUUUCGCCAAGUAUCGGACUCAUGGUGGAAUAAUGGCGAGCUAGAUCUAGCCAGUACUAAUCACCACGGUCGAACCUACGUGCUGCUUGCUGCAGAAUAUGGCCAUAUCCAUAUUCUGCGGAUCCUUCUGGCAAAAGGUGGUACUGUUGGGAUACAAGGCGGCCUCAAAUCGACGCCAUUGAUCAAGGCUGCCGAGUAUGGACAUGUCGAAGUGGCCAGGUUUCUGCUGAAGGACGCUAAAGCGGACGUGAAUUCGCAGAUAGACGGGGUGUUUUGGCCUAGCCGAUGCGCAUUGGGAGCGGCCAUAAGUGAACGAAGUCUGGACAUGCUGCAGCUAUUAAUCUUUGAAGACCACGCAGAAGUGAACAUGCACUUGAAAUGCGAUGGCAGUCCAUUGGCUAUGGCAAGUCGUGAUGAUUGGUUGGAGGGCACGAAAUUCUUGGUGGAGCAAGGCGGAGCAGAUGUCGAUCUGGUUCUGCAAUACGGAUGGUGCGGUAGCGCCCUGGAUGCCGCUGCUAGAACCAACUCUUUGAAUACAUUGAAGUAUUUGGUGGGAGUUCAACGGGCAAAUGUGAACUUGCCCCUCCAGAUUGGUGAUUACGGGAGUGCAUUGGCGGCUGCCGUCAUGAAAGGAUAUCCAGAAUCUGUCCAAUAUUUGAUCGAGGUCGGAAAUGCUGAUGUCAACGUACCACUCUCGGGAGAAAAUGGUACUGUGUUGACAAUGGUAGUGAUGAAUUGGAGACUUGGACUCAUGGAGACUCGUCUCCUGAUUCAAUUGGCAAUGAGAGGACAACCCGGGGCUCCUCGUCGUUUCUGGUUUCCGCUGAGAGAUAUUGUCCGGGCUCUGCUUGCGGCAGGAGCCUCUGUUGUGUCAGAUAUUGGGGAUGGGGUAAUUGUGGAUGCAAUUGAAUGUUUCAAGAGCGAAACCUGGCUGAGAAAGAGGCCCGGAAUUAUGAUUGAUGCAGGGUGCUCGCUGACGGAUGCAUUUGGAAAGAAGAGGCUUAUAUUCGAUGAAGACGGUGCAAAGGACUCUUUGGAUAUGAAGAAAACGAGGGCGGUCGGGAAGGCCACGCUUGUUGAGCUACAAACGGCAAUGUGGCAGCAAUAUAAGAAUGGCACCCUUGGUAUUGAAGAAGCCAGAUACGUGGAACGGAUGUACCGUGAAGACAAUAUCCUGAAACUUUCUAAGAGGGAUCUGGACACAAUAUCGACGUAUUUCGACAAAGGUGUUAUAAUUUGA